UGCUGGGAGCCCAGUGCCGAUUGGCUGGGGCCCACCGUGCCAUGGCAACAGGAAGCAAACACUCCCUGGAUGGCUGGAUACGGCAACAGGGAGCUUCUCUGCAGGUCUUGAACCUGCAGGGAGGCCAGGACAGAGGAAACCAGGCUGUCAGGGCCCGUGUGCAGCUCCCUGGGUGCCAAACUGGAACCGGAAUCCUUUGGGCUGCCACUUGCCUGCGUCCCGGUCCCACACACUGGGCAAAGGCACUGAGGAAACAACAGCAAUCACUUUGUGAAGCUAUGGAGAAAACAGAAAAGGGAGAGGAAGAUGCUGCCAGUGAAGAAAAAGCUCACGUUAUCAUGGAAACAGGGACAAGCGGUACAGACCUAUGUCUUCCAGAGCUGGAGAAAAAAGAGAAAGGUAGUGUGCCUGAUCUAUUUGCAUGUGUCAGGGUCUUCCCAGAAGGACUGAUCAGCAUUUUGUCUAUUUUAGAAACAAAGUAUGUCAUCAAAAACAUCCAGUGGACCACAGGCAACAACUUCACAGUGGAGAGAGGACAGCAGCAGAUUGAAGAACUCAUUUCUACAUGGAAGGUUCAUGAAAGCUGGCUUCACUGGUCAGAAUUUCUCCAGGAGGAGGAACUGGAGCACAGUAAGAGGUACCAUUACAGAGUUUGCUGGAGCAUCCCAACACGCAGAAAACCCAUCCCACGAGCAACAGCAAGUGUCUACUUUGUUAUAGAGAUCUCCAAAACCAAACCUGCCGUAAGUACUCUGAAAUGGCACAUAGCAGUCCUUUAAGACAAGAGUACAGGGGAGUAGUUUCCUGAGGCUGGAAAACACCAGGGCAGCAGAGGGACAGUUACAGAAUGAGGGAUAGGAAGACUGGUCCCCUACUCUCAAUGCUGCCUCAGAACCCCUACAGAUCAGCCCAAAAUUUGCCACCUCUACAAUAAUCUGUUGCAAAUCAAGAAAAAGAAAAAGACAUAAAUUGCACCAAGUAGACUUUUCACCUCCAGAACCUAUGCUUAGUCACACAGAACCUUAGCUUUCCUACUUACUGGCUAUGGAUCCCCAAGUCACAGUCCACAGAUGUUGUGGCUUAUCCCCAGCUGGCAAGUAUGCCCCACACAGCUGCUCACCUACUGCCCUGUGUGAUGGGGCAGAGAACUGGAAAAGUAAAAGUGAGGAACACAGGGAUUGGGAUAAAAUCACUUAAAUAAUUACAAAACCCUCCAAAAACCAACACAUUGUAAGGAAAAAAACCCCAAAAAACAGGCAAGAGAAAAAGAAAAUCCCAAGAUAGACAAGUGAUGCAAAUGAAAACAAUUUCUCACCAUCAAUCAACCAAUGCACAGCCAGUCCUUGAGAAGCAGCCCCCAGCCAACCUUCUUCUAGAUUAUUGAUGAGUGUGAUGCUAUUCGGUGUGAGAUUUCCCUUGGGAGAGCUGGGCUCAGCUUUGUCUCCUCCCCUUGUGCACUCCCAGCCUCCUCGCUGGUGGGGUGAGAGGCAGAAGAGACCUUGGCUCUGUGUAAGUGCUUCUUAGCAGUAACGAAACCAGCCCUGUGCUAUCAGCUCUGUUUCCAGCACAAACCCAAACUAUGGUCCCAUGGCAGCUACUGGGAAGGAAAUGAACUCUGUCCCAGCCAAGACCAGCACAGCAGCUCAAAGCCACUGGUCAGAAAUCUUGUAUCCUAGAGCAAGUUUAAAAUCUUAACAUCUGACUCUUUGCCUUCACAAGAGAAUAUUCAGAGGCUUUAAACAAAACCUAUCCUAAUCCAUACCAGAAAUGUACAAAUACACAGGUUAUUUCCGAAGCAGACUGUAGCUCUCACCUAAUUCAAAUGCCUGCAUUUUGAGGUGAACUCUGCCCUGCCUCUCCUCUCCUGCAGACCUCGCCUGUGGAAGUGUUUUUCACUCUGGAGUCCUGCAGGCUGAUUCACAGGUAAGCGUUAUUGUUCUUCCAUCACUGAUGCAACUCGGGAGGUUCUAGCAAGCUUUUCCAGCCAAAAACAAACAAGGAGCUUAGUGUAAGUAAAUUUGCAAUAACAGCAGAGAGGUGGAGGAAGCUGCUAAAAUCUUGCUACACCAAACCAAAUGACCCUGCUUACCAUCAGCUUCGCUCCACCACAAGCACAGAUGGCCACCCUAUGAGCAUUUGCUUCCUCCAUCCUGAAUUUGUCCUGUGUUUGCAUAGGUCUAGGCGGUGCUCUUUUUUUCCAGCAGAUAGGCUUGCCCUGUGAAUAAAGGUUAGCUCUCAGCCAGCCAAACUCGGGUUCAGUAUUACUCUUAUCAUUUACCCUCUUUUUAUUCCAUCCUCCAGGCCAGAACAGUGUCAGUUUACAGAAAAGUGGCUUAAGGACAUCAUUGAAAAUAAAAUAAUCGCCAUGGAAAGAUUUACUUUCAAAUGAAGAGCUCCAAUUCACCUCCAUCAGCGCUCUGUUGGCAUCUUGUAGAGAAUCAAAUAAACACAAGAAAGAGUGGCUCUUCCUUAUAAGCAUUUCUACUUUGUGGAUACUAACAAGCAUUAAAUCUGCAAAAUCAACUGUGGCCC